AAAAGGUACCUCCCGAAUUUAGAAAGCCGUAACCCUAUUUUCCACCGCAAAACGCUCGCCGCUUCGCCAUAAGGAUCAUAGCUUCACUUCGGUGCCCUAAUUUCGAAGGAUCGGAACCAAAUUUCUGAUUCAGUAACCGCUCUUCAAUGGGAUCCAAGCGAUCUGACUUUGGUGACGGCGCCAGUCCUGGGAAGAUAUUUAUUGGAGGUUUAGCGAGAGAUACUACUAUAGACACUUUUGUCAAGUACUUCGGGAAGUAUGGAGAGAUUACGGACUCGGUUAUCAUGAAAGAUCGACAAACUGGUCGACCGAGGGGUUUUGGGUUCAUCACAUAUGCAGAUCCUUCCGUCGUUGACACUGUAAUUGCUGAGACACAUGUCAUAAAUGGAAAACAGGUGGAAAUCAAGAGAACCAUUCCCAAAGGCUCUGGUGAUUCUAGGGAUUAUAAAACAAAAAAGAUAUUUGUUGGUGGGAUCCCCACAUCAGUUACAGAAGAUGAGCUUAAAGAUUUAUUCUCAAAACAUGGAACAAUAGUUGAGCAUGAGAUUAUCCGAGAUCAUGUGACAAAACGUUCACGAGGGUUUGGAUUUAUUGUAUUUGAUAGUGAACAAACCGUUGAUGAAAUUCUUGUCAAUGGAAAUAUGAUUGAUAUGAAUGGCACACAGGUUGAGAUCAAGAAGGCUGAACCAAAGAAACCCUCAAACCCUGCACCUAAUUCAUACACUAGGGAACCUAGGGGACGUGGAUACACCGAUAGUUUUGAUGGUUAUGAUGAUUCUUAUGGUGGCUAUGGUGGUGUAGGCGGUGGUGGUGGUGGUGGUUAUGGUCCACCUUCUUAUAGGUCUUACGGUGCACUUCCAACUAGGUAUGCUGACUAUGGGUCAUAUGGACCUGGUGCAAGUGAAUUUGGUAGUCGUUAUGGUGAAUUUGGCGGUGAUUAUGGUGGUUAUAGAGGCGGAGGUGGUGGUGGUGGUGAGCCGCCACUCGGUUACUCUAGUCGGUUUAGUUCAUUCAGUGGUGGAGGGUUUGGCGGUGGAUAUGGUGGUGGGUUAGGUGGGUAUGGUCGUGGUGGUGGUGGUGGUGGUGGUGGAGGGUAUGGGGGGUAUGGUGGGGGGUCAGGGGGUAGUGGUGGUAGUUAUGAGUCAGGUGCAGGUUCAGGUUAUGGUGGUGCAGGUGGGCCAUAUGGUGGUAGGGCAGGUUAUAGUGGUGGUGGCAGUCGUUACCACCCUUAUGGUGGCAGGUAGACACCACCAUAUCUUUAGCUUCACUUGGAUGUCAUAUCAUAUCACUCAACUUUUGGUUCAGAGUUGAAUAGACAUUAAUACCCUUUACAGCAACAAGACACUAGAAGAUCAGCAUUAGAGAACCAGAGUUGGAUUUGCAUUUAGUUAAUAGAUAGAAAAAAAGGCAGAAUUUGUGUGUGUACUUUUUUGUAAGAGAUUAUCGUUCUUAGAUAUGAUGUAUGUUUUAAGGACACACUUUGUAGGGCAUACAUACAUAACACAUACUAUCAUCAUCAUCAUGGAAGACAUCUCCAAGCCUAGGCCUUGCCUUUUUUUCAUUAAGUGUUGUUUGGAUAAAUGAUUUAUAUAAACAACACUUGGGGAGAUGGAAAGCAAAAUUAAGGGCAAUUUAGUCUUUUUCUUCCUGGGUUCUUUAUUAAGAAGUUAAUUUUUCAUUAAGACAUUAAGUUAUAAAGAAACAUCCUGUAUAUAGCCCCUAUAAGAUUAAGUGUUGUUCAUAUUAUGUCCAUUAAGUCACAAGGAAUCUAUGUAUAGCUUAUUGGAUUAAGUUGGGUCCUUAUUAAGUUAAUUAAGUUAAAAAGUAACAACAUAUAUUGGUAAGUACAACAUGCUUUACACCCUAAACCAAAUUAUUCUGCUUUUGUUUUGUUUUGCUUUUCUAUAGUUUUAUAAGAAAUGUCGUAAAUGAGUAGUUAACUAUUUGUUUUAUUUCUGCUGGACACUAUUGUUUUUAAAAAUUACUAUUUCAAGGUGAGCAACUUGAAAGCUUUGUUCAUUAAAUAUUAUAUUAUUUGAAUGGUAUUUUGUGAAUAAAAACGUUCUUAGUGGCUUACCAUAGUACAUUUACAAUGUUUUUUUUUUUGUUAAAAAAGUUGUUUGUUACCUGUUUAUGACUUUAAACUGACAUGCACUUGCCACCUGUGAAAUGUGGACGAAGAAUUGACAUUUUCAAGGAAGGCGAUCGGAUCCUUUGUGGCUAGUUGGUGACUAAAUGUAUUGUUAUUGAUGAUAAAAUGUACCAUUUUCUUCUUAAUUUUAUUGUAUGUGUAAGUGGAAAACAAAUUCAAUGAGAUUUUAUUGUCCGACAUUAUUAAUCAAUUUGUGUAUAAUGAAAGUUGAAUACUAAUUGAAUAACACAAAUCUAUUUCUUUUCU